AUGGCUACCUUAAGCCACACUGGUGUUAGCUACACGGUCUUCUGUUUGCUGGGCAUCCCUGGGCUAGAGGACCAGCACAUGUGGAUUUCCAUCCCCUUCUUCAUUUCCUAUGUCAUCACCCUGCUUGGGAACAGCCUGCUUGUCUGCAUUAUCCUCACAAAGCGCAGCCUCCAUGAACCCAUGUACCUCUUCCUCUGCAUGCUGGCCGGGGCAGACGUUGUCCUCUCCACCUGCACAGUUCCUCAGGCCUUGGCCAUUUUCUGGUUCCGUGCUGGGGAGAUCUCCCUGGGUCGCUGCAUCACUCAGGUAUUCUUUCUCUCAUCCACUUUCAUGUGUGAGUCGGGGAUCUUGCUCGUGAUGGCGUUUGACCGCUACAUCGCCAUAUGCUACCCGCUGAGAUACACCACUAUUCUUACACGUACACUAAUUGGGAAAAUCGGUGUGAUUAUCUUUCUGAGAAGUUAUGCUACAAUUUUCCCUGUAACAUUUCUUUUGAAAGGAUUAACUUACUGCAGAAGUAACAUCCUCCCAAACACAGCAUGUAAGCAUAUCGUGUUGGCCCGUGUUUCCUGUAAUGACAUACGAGUAAACAUCUGGUAUGGGCUUUUUGUCCUAAUGUCAACAUUGGUCUUAGAUAUCGUGCUAAUUUUUAUUUCAUAUGUACUGAUUCUCAAUGCUGUCUUCCACAUCCCAUCUCGAGAUGCUCGCCACAAAGCUCUCGACACAUGUGGCUCCCAUGUGUUCAUCAUUUUCCUUUUUUAUGCACCCGGUAUCUUCUCUGUCCUCAUGCAGCGAUUUGGAAACCGUGUCUCACCCCACAUCCAUGUUCUUCUGGCCAAUGUCUAUAAUCUGGCUCCACCUAUGAUGAAUCCCAUCAUUUAUGGGAUCAGAACUAAACAGAUCCGGGACCAGGUGGCUCAUGUGUUUACAAUACAGAAAUGA